UCUACUAAAAUUAGUGGUAUUUUAUGAAUGAAAUAUUAUCUGCAUACGAUCAAAUUUGAGAUAAAACACUUUAAUCUUCGAAUAUAAUAGUAUAAUAUUAUUUCACUUAUUUAUUAAAUUAAAGUUUUUAAAAUUUUAUUAAAAAAUAUUUCGUAGCAGUAGAUGAAGAAUCAAACAACAAUUCUGAACUUGAAAUCCAUCAGAAACAGCACACACUCCACAGCAACCGAAAUGUUUGAAGAUGCCCGCCAGAUGCUCGACGAAAUGCCAAACCGACCAAAUGCAUCUGUUCACCCUAUCAUUCUCCAUCUCAUGAUGCAGGCUGACUUGUCUUUCUCAAGAAGUGGGAAGAAGUGGCAAAGAUAUACAAGGAAAACAAAAGUGCUCACACUCUUAAGCUCACCAAAUUAGAGGACACAGCUUUCCAUAUAGCCAUCUCCUGUUACAAUCCGAAAAUCCCCAACCACGCCCAUGAAAGAUGCACCAAGGAAAUGUUCACCUUCAUGAAGGAAUGCGGAUCAGUAUCCGAGCUGGUGAGGAUGCAUAAUGUGAGAGGAGACACCCCUCUCCAUCUUGCAGCUGCAGUUGGAUGGGAGGCCAUCUGCUGACAAAUAGCUUCAUUGGAUCCGAAGCUCAUCGAUAUCCGCAACAGUAAUGGUGAGACUCCUUUGUUCAUUUCAGCUCAGCACGGCAACCUUCAGACAUUUAUCUCUCUCCAUGGCAUCUACAACCAUGGCAAGGAUAAGGGUGAUGAGUCACUCUGUCGGAGGAAAGAUGGAAAUACGGUCCUGCAUUCUGCGAUUUCUGAGGAAUACUUCAGAUUAGCAUACUUUAUAUUGGAGCACUACAAGAAUCUACUCAAUUAUGUUAAUGUUGAUGGAGAAACUCCUCUUCAUGUCUUGGCCAGAAAGCCUAACUUGUUCAAAAGCAGCUCACAGCUUGGAUUCUAUGAAUCAAUUAUCUACCAUUGUAAGAAACCCUAUUCAUCAUACUUGGCUUCUCUCUACAUAUAUAAUUGCCAGUGUUAAUGGAAUUCAUUUGCGAUCUGUGGAUAAGUUGUAUUUGUUGAUAAUCUGAAGAACCAACCAAUACAUAAUCCAAAGGACACCCAGAUUGAUGAAAUAAGUGAAGAGAAUUUCCCAGAAAAUUACCAGACAUGUAUGAGAAUCUUCCAUCUAUUAUGGGAUCCAAUUUCCAAGAGCUAUAAAGCUGGUUGUUUAAGAUCCGAGAGAGAAAAAAGUGCUCCAACAGAUCCAGAAGUUCCACCUUAUAUGGACCAUGGAGUUCCAAUAUAUGAAAGUUUCUUAGGUGGUUGCUCAAGAUCCAAGAUAAAAAAUUCCCCUUUUACUAAUGAAACCAAAGUUAUGAUUCCUAUCCUCCCAAUUACACUACUUGCAUUUCGAUUUUCAAAUUUUCCACGAAGGUCAUCCUAACAAUUCUUGGAGUUGGAUUCUUGAAGAUAAGAAAGAUUCAUGACAAGAGAGUUCGACACUCUCAUGCGAUGUGGAUCAUGAACAAAAUGAUCGAGAUUGAACCAAGUUACAAAUACAACAACAAUGGCCAGCGCCCAAGCCAUCUCCCAGAAGCAUUCGGUAAGAUCCCCGAUAUCCCUCCCAAUGCUGAAGAACCCCAAACUACAGAAUCCAACAGCCCAGCCAUCAGUUCCUCAGCUAAAGAUCAGCAGCAAAACAAUGGUAGUAAUGAUAAGAAAGAUCAAAACCAAUCAGGAGACGAGAAGUCUAAAAGUGUAGUGAAGGACACCUCACUGUUAGUAGCAGCUAAAAUGGGAAUCCCAGAAAUGGUGAAGAAGAUACUUAGUGCAGUGCCCAUAGCCAUCCAAGAUCAAGACUCGGAAGGGAAGAAUGUGCUGAUGGUGGCAGCAGAGCACAGGAAAACCAGUGUUUUUGACUUUUUAGUGCAGAAAAAGCUCCCAGAUUAUGUGUUUCAUCAUUUUGAUAAUGAAGGAAACAACAUACUUCACCUCGCUGCAAAGCUCGGAGAGAAGCAGCCAUGGCGCAUUCCCGGUGCUGCUUUGCAGAUGCAAUGGGAGAUCAAAUGGUACAAGUACGUGAAGAGCUCAGCUCCAGCACAGUGUUACAAUCACCCCAACACAAAGGGUGAGACUCCAGCCAAGAUUUUCACACAAACACAUGAGAAUUUAGUCAAGACAGGAAACGAAUGGCUGGUAAAAACCUCGGAAUCCUGCUCCGUCGUGGCGGCUCUCAUCACCACGGUCGCAUUCGCCACCUCCGCCACAGUCCCCUGCGGGCUAGACCAAACCCAAGGCUUCCCUAUCAUGAGAGACCGCAGAGCCUUCGACGUCUUCUCCAUCGCUUCACUGAUCGCGCUCUGCCUAUCCAUCACGCCCUCGUUUUCUUCCUCGCGAUCAUCACUUCCCGAUUCGAGGAGCACGAUUUCAAGCAAGACCUGCCGAGGAAGCUGCUGA